AUCUCGGUUACGAGUGAGCGCCUAACCGUGUGAGGCUGGCCGAUCAGCGAACGCGUUGCAGAGGCACUCUGCUUAAGCCUUGCGACGUGUUGUACCAUAGUCUCAUCCUCAAUAUCGCACAUGUUUUCUUGCUCUAUAUCUCCCUACAACAAUAGGUAUGAAUCCACCGUGGAGCGCGGGUCCCUCAACUUCUCAAUUGUCACAAGAUACCCCUCAGCGCAUCUUCGUCGAUGAAGUGGGAAACGCACUUAGUAUCUUCGUGCAGGCCUCUAUCGAAGGUCGACCUAAGUUGAUACGCAACAUACGUAACGCAGGUGCUGUCAUCAGCCAUAACCCAAAUGAAGCACAUGUCAUUCUGGUCGAUCUGGAAGAUGAGGAUGGUCGAGCAAUGGCCAACGAUUGGAGUUCUAGUGGUGGCCAUGUCGUCCUGGAUCUGCCUUGGGUGAAGAAAUCUCUUGAGAAGGGCUUUGCUUUGCUCUCACGGGAUGAUUGGGGAGGCUACCGCGUUCUUGUCGACGGAGGGCACGAAGGCGAUGAACAUAUGAACGACGGCGAUGGAACCCAGCAUGAAAGUCCCCUACCAACUCCUCGCCGGACACCUGUUGAAACCUGCGAUGCUCUACCGAAUAACCAGGCACAAUCGCAACCUAUACAAGGUGUACCAAUACCUCAGCCAACAUCGUUCCAGAUCCCGAACAGUUUUUCGAAUAACGGCCUGUUUCCAUUCCCUCUGUCACAACCUACAACUCCGAGUAGUUCCCAGCAGCCUCCACCUUAUUCGUCCCAGGCUCUACCUAGUGGCACUGUAAUCCAACCGCACAACAUUAUGGUGCAACCGCAGACCCCUCAAGUGAACGUGAACGUCCCAGUCAAUCUUCUUGCUACUGUUCUUGAUAUUCUUCAGCACACCAAUACACAAAUGCAGCCUGGCCAGAAUCAGAUCCCAAUGGGUGUAUUCCCUAAUCAAUUCAUACCCAACCAAUUGUCUCAGCAAUCUCCAGAAUUGAUGCACUCGCAAAGUGGGUCGAGUGCAGAUCCUCGCUCCUCAACCACACCCGACAGUCAUGUACCGUCGCCUUCUCUCAGACGGGGAUCACCGAUAUUGAUGAACUCAUCGCAACGUCGUGUAUCUUAUGUACAUAUCGAUCACUCACAAGGUUCAGAACGUGCACGAAAGAGGCCCCGAUACAGUGACCCGUCUGAAGUAUCCAGAUCGCCCUCCGUCUUUUCGAAUGCUGCAGAAGGCCCCACAAAGUCCAAAAAGUCGAAGAGGUCCCGUUUGUUUACCACAGACGACGGACAACCGUUGAACUUUGUGGUUCAGGUAGAUCUGCGGAAUCGGAAAGAUGUUGUGCAAUGUAUAAAGAGCCAUGGAGGCGUCAUCAAAGCAGAUAUCGUUGAUGCCGACUACGUUAUCUUGUCUUCUCAAUCGACGUCUUUCGCAGAUAUGUUAUUGAACACCGAAGCUCACCAAAAGCCAGCCGUGCAAGCUUCUUUUGUACAUGACUGCGUCGAUGAGGGUCGUAUCCUCGACCCAACGAACUACUCCUUCGAGGGUUUGAGAGGGAAAACCAAGCGAGGACGUCCAGCGGGAUCGUCCUCACAGAAGUCACCUUCCAAAGAUACCAAAGGAACUACUUCUCCAUCUAAAAGCGCAGGCUCUUCAUCCAAACCGAAGAAGCCUGUCUCAGAGGUCGCUUCACCGAAAGCGAAAAAGGAGAAGACUAUAGUUGAGAAACCCUCUUCCACCGUCCAGAAAACCAAUGGCAAUUCUCGUCGCACUCCUUCUCCGCCCCCUCCAACUACUACCGUACAUUGGACCGAGGGGAAACACCGAUACACCGAAGAGGAGUUGAAUUACGCUCUGACCUACGCUGGUAUACUGUAUUCACGGGAUCCAGAUAUAUCCAUGACCUCGCUAGUAUCGUGUAUUCAUUCAAAGAUGCCCCACCAUCCCAAGACAUCCUGGCAAAAUACAAUUUACAAGAACCGAGCCCCCUACAACGAGCUGCAGAAGAGGGCUGCGAUAGCACGUCGGAAGUUGGAGGCGCAGGCGCAGGCAGCCGUUAGCAAUUUAUAUCAUGAACGGGACCCUCAUCUUGCUCCUAUGGAGCCUGCAGAACCGGCACCUGCAACUCACCAGCCUUCUCCACCUCCACCCGCUCAAUCCACCGUUCCCCCAGACUUCUCUUCUCGGGAAUUUCAGAUCAUAACCCAGGCUCUCGCUACAGGCGUCGCUGAAGGUCGCACGGACGAGCAAGUUUGGAUUGUUCUGGCAGAACAGCAUCCAUACAUGUCCGCAAGAGGUUGGCGGGACUACUGGGACCAAUAUGCAGAAUGGAUCCAAGUCGAGGUCAGGAGGCUUAUGGAUUUACAAGUAGACUCGGAGGCACCGCCAAAUACAGUUACGGGUAUGGGGUAAUUAAUGGCAUAUGAAGCAGUCAACAUGACUGAAUGCGUGCACUAUAUUAUAUUGAGAAUCUUCUUACGCGUCACCUCUACUCACUUUCUCGAUCUUGUUCACUUAAUAUUGCGCUACAUUUCUUUCCAGUACGUUGUGCAUUCCACUAUCACUUGUAACAUUGUAGCACGCGUCGGGCGGAAGAAUAUGAUGAGUAUGUUCAGAUGAUCAGAAAGCCACAUCUAUUGGAGAAUUAAUCUGAAGGGUCCGAAGGUGGUGGUGGCACCAGCGACGGGGGUGGAUGCUUGAAGAACCUUCUCCUCCUCUCCUCAAGGGUCUCUUUACUGCUGAUACCUGUAAUAUCCUUGCCA